GAAAAGGAAAAUCUCAAAAAAGAAUUAAAGAAAAAUGGUGUUUUCCUCUAAUCCAUUAUCUCUCAGCGUCCCAGACCCUACCUUCGAAUCGUGGCUCCGAGACUCCGGCUACCUAGACGUCAUCGACAACCAACAGACCGCCGCUGCUGCCGCUCCCACCACCGGUACUUCCACGAUUAGCGACCCAACAAUAACCAUCCCAAUCAGCAGCUUCCUUUUCCGAUAUUUGGUCUCUUUUUUCUCUCAUUUAUGGACGCUACUCUCUCUACUCACGUUCAACCCAUUCGCCAAGCUCACCACCAACGAUUUCUCCGGUGAAACUCCGUCGUGGACUAAAGGGUUCUUCGCGGAUUUCUUGUCCUAUUCGUUUCCAGCUUCGGCUUCUCAAGCGAGGCUCAGGGUUCAAGAGAACGUUAAGCGUUAUGCUCGGAAUUAUGCUUCACUUUUUAUCCUCUUCUUCGCUUGUUCUCUGUAUCAGCUGCCACUUGCACUUGUUGGGUUGAUAUCAAGUUUGGCACUUUGGGAUUCAUUCAGGUUCUUCAGUGAUAAAUGGGGUUUGAAUCGAUUCCCUGUCACUGAAAUGAUCUUGGUUCGCUUUGCGCAAUGCGUUACUGCAAUUAUUUUGUUGUGGUUGAAUGUUCAAAUGGCUUUGUGUUGUACCCUUGUUGUCAGUUAUAUAGUUAUGCUUUUGCAUGCCGCAUUCCGGAAGCUGACUCCAGUAAAGCAACCUUCUCAAGGUAGACGGAAAUAGGAGAUCACACUGAACCAAACACAAAUAUGGCCAGCUUCGGUUUGCAGUUUUGUUUUGCAGCAAGAGAUCAACAACUUUUCUUCAGUGAGCUAAAAAAACGACCUCUUUAUAGUAUAAUGGCUUAUUAUCCGGUGGAUGACUUUUUUUGUAGUUGGUCUUGCUCGGUACAUGUAAAAUGACAAAAAGAAAUUGCAUUAUUGCGAUGAACAUUUGAUAGAUCUUGUUUAGCUUUCUAUCAAUCAUAGGCUGUUGAGUUUUCUAACCUGUAAUCGAGUUUUGCUGGUAUUAACUUUGUAUAUUCCCUCAUGCACCCUCUUCCUGCUUAAAAGUUGACUAAUUCAUUCAGAGCUCGCAGUUAAAUGGUGCUUGGCAUUCAUUUCUGUAAACCUUGCUACACGAAGAACUGAAAUAGAAUUUGAAAAGGUGAAUACCAAUUCCUAA